GAGAGGGACAUGGUGCUGAGGGCCAUCCACACCGUGGAACCAGACUUUCAACCCAGCAUCAACACUGUCCUGCACACUUGCUCCUCACCGCUGGUCAAAGACUUCUACACAGAGAGGGCAGAUGCUAACUACCCCAAGUUGGCCUUCAGCCUGGAGGAACUGCGGGAGAGGUUCAGCCGUCAGCUGAGUAUGGAGCAGGCCAGCACCAUCACCAUUCACUCUGUGGAGGCCAUGAAGCCUGUUACCCCACACAUGGCCAAGAUGAGGCCUCUACUGGCAGAGCAGCGGAUGGUGUGGCACGAAGCCCUAGUUGGGGCCCUGAGGGAGAGCAAUAUGAUCCUGGCCAGCAUCACCCCGAAGGCCGUCAGACUCAGCCUCUACCCCUACCUCUGUCUGAUGGACCAAAAGGACUAUGUAGACAUCAUGAUCCAGAGUCUGUCUAACUUGCCAUCCAGUGGGGAGUCUCUCCACAUCCUGGCCAAGGAGCUGGGAAACAGGGUCCACAACAAGUUCUGCAUCCGCCUGAAGAGCCACAACAGAUGGUGGAAGCUGGAGUCGGAUUAUAGCUCUGGUCCCUCCCUGCUGGGGGACAAUACCCAAUGGCCCCACACGGUGAUGGUGGAGCUGGGCACCUACCUGGUGGACCUCAUGGUCAAGCACAUGAAGGUGAACAGCGACAUCCUCAACCCUGCCUAUGACAGGAAGUUCAUCCCUGUCCUCUACCACAUGUAUACUUUCCGCAGUAACAAACAGGUCGGCUUCAUCAAGCCGCACCCCAUCCUAACACAGAUGCAGCAGGAAGCCAUGGAGACCACGCUGACCUUUGACUCCUACGUGAUGCCCAUGCUGUGCCCGCCCAUGCCCUGGACCUCGGCCAAGUUCGGCGCCUACCUCCUCACCCCCACCAAGAUGAUGCGCACGGUGGUUGGCGCCAACCAGCAUGAGAUCCUGCUGGAGAAGUGCCAAGAUGCUGACCUGCAUGCCGUGCUUGACUCCCUCAACCAGUUGGGCAACGCGGCCUGGAGGAUCAACCAGCCCCUGCAUGCCCCCCUGCUGGACAUCAUCAUCUCCAUCUUCAACGAUAAGGGCAAUGAGAAGCUGGACGUCCCGCCGCCCAACUCCGAGGCCCCCAAGAUCCUCCGCUACAGCCAGCAGGACUUGGCCACCUACUCCUGAAGAGGGAGCUGAUCAUGGCUAAGAAGAAGUGCAGUGAGAUGCCUCAGGAUGGAUGCCCUCUAUAAACUCUCCAUCGCCAACCAGGUCUUCUGGUUCCCCCACAACAUGGACUUCCGCGGGCGGACGUACCCGUGCCCGCCCUACUUCAACCACCUGGGCAGCGAUGUGACCAGGGCCAUCCUGGUGUCUGCGGAGGGGAAGCGCCUGAGGCCGGGCGGUCUGAAAUGGCUGAAGAUCCACCUGUUCAACCUGACAGGCUUGAAGAAACGCAGCUCGCUGGCCGGCAGGUUGGAGUACGCCAACACAAUCAUGGACGACAUCCUGGACUCUGGAGACAACCACCUCAACGGUAAGAAGUGGUGGCAGAAUGCAGAUGAACCCUGGCAAGCCUUGGCCUGCUGUAUGGAGAUAGCCAACGCUGUCAGAUCACCUGACCCCACACACUUCAUCUCCCACUUUCCUGUACAUCAGGAUGGUUCGUGUAAUGGUCUCCAGCACUACGCAGCCCUGGGUCGGGACGUGAUCGGUGCCACCUCUGUGAACCUAAUUCCCUGUGAGGUGCCCCAGGAUGUCUACAGCGGGGUGGCACAGCAGGUGGAGGAGUUCCGUGCGCGGGACUCAGAGAAGGGUCUGAAGAUCGCCCAGGUGCUGGAGGGCUUCAUCAGCAGGAAGGUGGUGAAGCAGACUGUGAUGACGGUGGUGCACGGCGUGACGCGCUACGGAGGACGCCUCCAGAUAGAGAAGAGGCUCAAGGAGGUCGAUGACUUCCCCAAGGAGUACGUAUGGGAUGCCUCUCACUACCUGGUCCAACAGGUGUUCAGCAGUCUGAAGGAGAUGUUCACCGGCACCAGAGAUCCAGCUCCCGGUUCGUCUCUAAAUUGGUCAGGUCCUGCUGGGUCUACACAGCAGUCUCAAGAAGAGCGCAGCGGUGGCGACUGGCUGACGGAGAGCGCCAGGCUCAUCGCUAAAUCGGGCAACACGGUGGAGUGGGUGACGCCCCUGGGCCUGCCCAUCAUUCAACCCUACCACCGGACCCGGACGCAGAUGAGUACCAUCCAGGACCUAAGUCUCCAGAUCACCCAUGACUCUAAACAGAAGCCAGACACAGUGAAACAGAAGAAUGCCUUCCCUCCUAACUUCAUCCACUUUCUGGACUCCACACACAUGAUGCUGACUGCUCUCUACUGCUACAGCGCCGGCCUGACGUUCGUGUCCGUCCACGACUGCUUCUGGACCCACGCCCUUACAGUCGACACGAUGAACAAGGUUUGCCGGGAGCAGUUUGUGGCACUGCACAGCCAGCCCAUCCUUCAAGAGCUGUCCAACUUCCUACUGCAGAAAUACUGCUCUGGGCUAUCGAGCGAGGUCAAAAACAAUACGUUUUUGGAGUACCGGAGGAUGCUGCUGCUUCUGGCCAAAGUGCCCCAAACAGGCGACUUUGAUCUCCAGCGAAUCCACUUACUUCUUCAGCUAAGAGGAACAGACUGACAAUCAGACCAACAGGAUGCAAAAGCCAAUGGAUGAGAUGAGUGGGAUUGACAGACUGUGAGGCUGAACACAGAGGGCUGUGUGGGGACUGGGAGGGCUUGUCUCCCUCAGGCAUCAGAUGAUUGAUCCACUGCCCACUGGGUGAAGCCAAGGCUUUCUGCAGCAGCUCCAUCACACAUAAUGACCCACCCAGACAGACAGCCACAGACCAGUGUGGGAGGAGAGGCCUCCUCUGGAGAGGAGACAAGGAAAUGAGAGCAGCUUCCCCACUGGACUGGAGAGGAUCUCAACAGUGCACAUUUAGGCUUUGACAUUUCCCCUUUUACUGCUGUGUGUGUGUGAGAGAAUGAAUGAUAUCCCUUGUCAGAAAAUGUGAGCGUUGUUAUACGCGCAACUCUGUGUCCUCCCAUAAUGAACACCUUCACUAUAAAGAGACUUCUAAGAGUGUGA